AUGGGAGCUGAUCAAUCACACCUUAUUUUCCAUACGGAAGUUCGAUGGCUCUCCCGCGGGAGAAUUCUAACAAGGCUUAAUCUAAAACUGCAAGGGAAAGAAACUGAUGUAUUCCGACACUGUGAGGAAGUAGAAGCAUUUAAGAAGUCAAUAAUGCUGUGGCAAGCAAGGCUUGCUGUUGAUCAACCUCUUCACUAUAUGUUCCCAAUACUUUUGCAGCAUAUUGAACAACAUAAUAACACCAGUGAAGAAACCAUGAAGAAAUUGAAAUGUGAUAUACAGCUGCACCUCCAUUCUUUGUCAAGCAGUUUUGAACAGUAUUUUCCUGAAGAAAACCUUAAGAAUAUAAGAGACAACCAUUGGGUGAAGGACCCUUUUGCAUUUGAAAAACCAGAAGUUGUUAUAGGGCUAAACCUUACACCUGAUGAAGAAAAUGAACUUCAUCUGACAAGUGAUACAUCAUUAAGAAUCAGGAUGCGGUCAUCACCUCUGUCAUCAUUCUGGAUAAGUGUUUCCAAGGAAUAUCCACAUCUAAGUAAGAAAAGUAUUUUACUUUUGAUCCCCUUUACAACUACAUACUUGUGUGAAGCUGGAUUCUCAACCUUGACAAAACUAAAAAGCAAUGAAAGAAAUCGACUCACUCCUACAGCCGACAUGCGUGUGGCGUUAUCCUCCUGCAAGCCAGACUGGAAUAAGAUAACGAAAGACAAGCAGGCACACCAGUCACACUGA